AUGCCAAAAGUAUUUAUUACUGGAGCAACGGGGUUCAUAGCCCAGCAUAUUGUCAAGAUUUUUCUUUCUCACGAUUAUGAGGUAAUUGGAACUGUUCGUUCUGCUUCUAAAGGUGAACAACUUAAACAGUCCACUAUCGAGUACCAUCAUACAUCGAAAUUCUCUUAUGAGAUAGUUGCAGAUAUUGCAGCCCCCAGAGCCUUUGAUUCGGCAUUGGAAAAGCAUAAAAAUAUCGAUUUCUUACUCCACACUGCAAGUCCUUUCAAUUACACUACAACUGAACCGGAAAAAGAUCUAAUUAUCCCCGCGAUCCAAGGUACCAAAAAUAUUCUUGAAGCGGCUCAUAGUCAUUGUUCAAAAUUGAAGAGAAUCGUUUUAACAUCAUCGGAUAGUGCCAUAUAUUCCAAUGUUGAUGAACGUAAUAAUAAACUAUUUUUCAAUGAACAGAGUUGGAAUAACGUAAAGUACGCAGAUGCUGUAAAGGACGCAGUUAGUGCUUAUUAUGGAUCUAAGAGUUUUGCUGAAAAGUUGGCAUGGGAGUUUAUCGCUAUGGAAAGACCUUGCUUUGAUCUAGUUUCGAUUAACCCGUCCUAUGUAUUUGGACCCCAGGCAUAUGUUUGUGAUGCUAGAAAUUUGAAUGUAUCAAAUGCUUAUAUUGGCGAUUUAUUGAACAAGAAAAAGGGUGUUACAAAAGAAGAUGAUUUUUACAAUGAAAUAGGCAGUUUUAUUGAUGUGAGAGAUGUCGCUAAGGCUCAUUUGUUUGCAGCAGAGAAUAAGGAAGCUAGUGGUAGAAGAUUAUUCAUGCGAGAGGGGGUGUUUAGUGUACAAAUGAUGCUUGAUAUAAUCAAUGAAAAUUGGCCACAGUUGGGGUUGAUUACAGGAAAUCCGGGUAAUGGUGAAAAGGAUGUGAGUGUUUUAGCCACGAUUGAUAAUAGUGAAACCAAAAAAUUCUUACCGUGGAGUUUCAUUUCGUUAAAAACACUGGUUAUUAAUACAGUUGAACAGAUUUUGAACAAUAACACACGGGUUUGA